AUGGUGCUUACCGGUACCCGGGAAGAAGCAAUCGUCGAAGGCGAUGGAAACUUCCCGGUUAACAAGGGCGCCCUCUGCAUCAAGGGCUGGACUUCCGCCGCAACCCUGGCUCACUCCGACCGUCUCCUGUCGCCCCUGGUCCGCAAUGAGGCCGGAGACCUGGUUGCCUCCACAUGGGACGAGGCCCUGGAACGGGUCGCGACAUCCUUCCUGAAGACACGGGAAGAAUAUGGCGCCGAUGCCGUCGGCAUUUUCGGCGGUGGGUCGCUGACUAACGAAAAGGCUUACCUGCUGGGCAAGUUUGCCCGGGUAGCCCUGGGCACGGCCAACAUUGACUACAACGGCCGCUUUUGCAUGUCCUCGGCUGCUGCGGCCGGCAUCAGGGCCCUGGGCAUUGAUCGGGGCCUGCCCUUUCCCCUGGAAGACAUUGCCCAGGCCGAGGUAAUCCUGCUGGCUGGGGGCAACGUGGCCGAGACUAUGCCCCCCAUCAUGCAGUACUUCGAGGCCCAGCGGGCCAAUGGCGGCCAACUGAUUGUGGCCGACCCGCGCCGCACCACCACCGCCAAUGCCGCUGACCUUCACCUGCGCCUCACGCCCGGCAGCGACGCGGCCCUGGCCAACGGUUUGCUGCACUUCCUCAUACGGGACGGGCUGAUUGACACUGACUACAUCAGAGACCGCACCGAAGGCUUCGAGAGAGUGCGGGAAAUUGCCGCCACCUAUUGGCCGGAGCGGGUGGAAAGAAUUACCGGCGUUUCGGAAGCGGAAUUGCUGCAGGCGGCGCGGCUGCUGGGACGGGCCAGUUCUGCCAUGGUGCUGACUGGACGGGGAACCGAGCAGCAGGCCCAGGGAGUAAACAACGUCCUGUCCUUUAUCAACCUGGCCCUGGCUCUGGGCAAGGUUGGCCGUCCCUAUUCGGGCUACGGGUGCCUGACCGGACAGGGCAACGGCCAGGGCGGUCGGGAACACGGCCAGAAAGCCGACCAGCUUCCCGGAUACCGCCUGAUUGCCGACCCCGCGGCACGUCGGCACAUCGCCGCCGUUUGGGACUUCCCGGAAGAGGAGCUUCCCGGCCCGGGAAAGUCGGCCUACGAACUGCUGGACUCUCUAGGGCCGGAAGGCGGAAUCCGGUCGCUAUUGGUGCUUGGUUCCAACGUGGCGGUGUCCGCGCCCCACGGAAACAAUAUUCGGCACCGGUUGCAGUCCCUGGAUUUCCUGGUGGUGUCGGACUUCUUCCUAUCCGAAACGGCGCAGGUGGCCGACGUGGUACUUCCGUCUGCCCAGUGGGCCGAGGAAGAAGGAACGAUGACCAACCUGGAGGGUCGGGUAAUUCGCCGUCGCCGGGCCUUUGAGCCGCCAACAGGAACGCUGACCGACCUGGACCUGAUGGAGCGCCUGGCCGAACGGUUGGACAAGAGUCGCUGGUUUUCUUACCCCAGUACCGAGGCAGUUUUCGAGGAACUGCGGGCCGCCAGCGCCGGCGGGGCGGCGGACUACUCGGGCAUAACCUACGAAAAGAUAGAAGCUAACCAGGGCGUCUUCUGGCCCUGCCCUUCCGUUGACCAUCCCGGAACGCCCCGGAUGUUUACCGAAAGCUUUCCCACGCCUGGCGGGAAGGCGAGGUUCCACCCGGUCCUGCACCGCCUGCCGGCAGAGGCGCCGGACGAGGACUACCCCCUGUACCUGACCACCGGCCGGGUCCUGGCCCAGUACCAGUCGGGUACCCAGACCCGGAGGAUUGCGGAACUGCAGGGGAUGGCGCCGGAACCCAUGGCGGAGAUUAACCCCACCACGGCGGAACGGUUCGGCCUGGAAGACGGGGACAUGUUGACCCUGGAGACCCGGCGGGGCGCGGCCCGGUUUAAGGCUCUCCUGUCUGCCGGCAUCCGGCCCGACACGGUGUUUGCCCCCUUCCACUGGGCCCACGAGCAGUCGGCGAAUCUCCUGACCAACCCGGCACUUGACCCGAUCAGCAGGAUGCCCGAAUUCAAGGUGUGCGCCGUAAGAAUCGUUCAGGAAUCCAGUCAAGAGUAA